CACGACGCUGCUCUCAUCGUCCAGCUUCUCGUCGCCCUCCCUGCUUUCGACGAUCUCUGAAAAGAACAUGCGUGUCUCUAUCGCAGAACUACUUGGCAAGGAGACGUCGCGUCCACCCCGUCGCAGGCUGGGACGAAUCCAUCUAGGAGGAAUCCCGUACGCCUAUCAUUAUGGGCUGCAAGGUCACAUAUAGGGCCACUCCUAUGAAUGAAUAUCAGGAACCGUCUCCGUUUUGCGCUGGGUUUUGCGGGAUGUCGCGUUGUUUGCGCUACGAUUCGGCGACAAAGAGUGCAGGCCACGGGCCACAGAAAGAACUCGGCGUUGUCUGACUCGCGAUUGGGUAGAUGGUGUGGGGCUGCGUUGAUUUUACCUCUCGAGGUUGCUGAGUGCGUCGACUGUGACUUGAGAGAGCGAGCCGAAGUGGUGGAGUCGGCGAGGACGGCGGCGACGUGUCGUCGGCUCAAUGGACGCCAUGGGCGCAGUGGACAUAUGCUUGUCUCAUUGACGACACGGCAAAGUCUCACGAGCUUCGAAGCUCCCUGUCGUUAGAGCGGCAAGAUACGUUGGUAUGUCGGCACUUUGUGUUCGCCUAUUCGACACCGGAAUCAGUAAGGCUGAGUAGAUUUUUAGCCGUGUUGCACUUCAAAUCCUGGUCGC